AGGGCUCUGGGGGUGGGGGCUUUUCCCAGUCUUCUGACGUAGAAAGUACGCCGGGAUGCCCGCCCCGGCUUCUUAAGGAGCGCGGCGGCGGGCACGGAAAGCGCCCUGCCCGGCCCUCCCUGCACGCCGGAGCGCCGAGUGACACAAUGGAUUUUGGUAACAGGGGGAGGAUCCACUGCAACAUGAGGCUCACCUACUUUCUGCUGGUCAUGGGAAUGUUCUGCCUGACACCUUCCCUCUGCCAUAGCCAGAUUGAUCCACUGGCUCUUGGGCGAGCAGACCCUCAGUGCUGGGAAUCCUCCUCAGCUGUCUUACUGGAGAUGAGGAAGCCUCACAUUUCUGACUCUGUCAGUGGCUUUUGGGACUUCAUGAUCUUCCUGAGAUCAUCAGAAAACUUGAAACAUGGGGCUCUGUUCUGGGACCUGGCUCAGCUAUUCUGGGAUAUCUAUGUGGACUGUGUGCUCUCCAGAACCCACGGCCUAGGAAGAAGACAGCUUGCAGAAGCUCAACAGAGGAUCACUACCCUGGCUUCUCAGUUCACAGGGAGAAACCAAGGGAUGUUCACUCAUAUUCAGAGGUCACCAGUUCUGAGGAAGAGAGACUUGUUUGAAGAUUUAAUAAAAAAACACAAGCAUAAAAGUAGAUCUAUGUUACUUGGAAGAAUCAUUGGAGAGCUCGGGGAAAAGAAGAAACAACAUAUUUAAUCCAAGAACACAAUUUGUAUUUAUUUUUUUUAACUGUUUCUCUUUUCUUUUUGCAUUUUAAGUUUUCAUUU